CUUACGGAGUCUACUUCCUGCACCGCCAUCUUAAAGUGCAGUGUCAUCGGCGCGUCUCGUCAAGUUCGGAGGAGAGGUAGUCUUUCGAUCUCGUUCGUGCGAAAGAGCAAUUUUUUUAUAUAUAUUAGCAGCAAAAAUGUCGACCGGAGCACUUUGUAAUAACGCAUCGCGCGGCGCCUAAAAUCUGGUAGAGUUCAAGGCUGGCAAGAUGAGUCAAGGGAAGAUGGUUUAUCCGGACACGAGGAAGGGUCAGCUCUACGUCUAUCAGUCCGAUGAUUCGUUGAUGCAUUUCUGCUGGAAGGAUCGCACCACCACCGGAGUGGUCGAAGAUGAUUUAAUAAUCUUCCCUGAUGAUUGCGAAUUCAAACAUGUUCCUCAGUGUAAGACUGGCAGAGUGUAUCUUCUAAGGUUCAAGUCGUCGAGUAAGAAGUUCUUCUUUUGGCUACAGGACCUUAAAACAGAUAAGGACGAGGAACACUGUAGAAAGAUUAAUGAUGUACUUAAUAAUCCUCCGACACCUGGAUCUCAGAGAAGCGGUGGAGCUAACGCAGAAGGAGAUCUUCAGAAUUUGUUGAAUAACAUGUCGCAACAGCAGCUCAUACAGUUAUUUGGUGGUGUUGGCCAGAUUGGUGGGCUAGGUAGCUUGUUAGGUACAAUGAAUAGACCGCAUAGUGUUCAAAGUACAAGAGCUUCCACUACAACUUCAUCCACUCCGGCCACUACUAACAUAGCUAGACCGCCUCAUUCGCUAACUCCUGGGCCUAAUACGGACUCUAAAUCUUCAAAUAAUAAUAAAUCAUCAGCGAGAACACCAGCUCCGUCCCCGGCCACGACAGCAGCAAGUUCAAACAAUAGAAUACAGCUUAGUGAUUUGCAGAAUUUUCUAUCAGAAAUUCCGACACCAUCUCGGACUGAACCAGCUGUGCAGAGGGGCGUAGCUACUGAGCUGACCAACGCCAUCCCGGCGGCGAUCUCUGCAACGGAGAGCCUGGAGAGUGCCAUGAACGUGCACUUGCCACCAGGGGACAACCUGUCUACCACGCUCUCGUCUCCCCAGUUCUCCCAGGCGCUAUCAAUGUUCUGGUCUGCUUUGCAGUCGGGCCAGGCGGGCCCUGUCAUCCGUCAAUUCGGCUUGGGAUCGGACUCCGUCAAUGCUGCUGCCAGUGGAAACAUCGAAGAAUUCGUCAGCGCUCUGGAAUCCGAAGCGAAGAGCAGUCAAGGACAACAACAGCAAGCGCAACAGGGACAGGACGACAAGAGUAAGAAGCAAUCACCAUCAGCUGCUAGUCCCGAUAAGGACGAUGACGAUGAGGGCAUGGCGUUAGAUUAAGGAUAGGAUUUGUACUCAUCUUUGAGAGAUUCUUUUUUUUUUUCUAUAUAGAAACCAUGCACUUGGAUGUAUAUUGUGUUAUAUUAAUCUACAUACGAUACAAGUCCUUUCAAUGGAUACAGAUAUUCUUCUCCGAUAUAAUUUAAGUAACAUUUUUUUCGAAAAUAUAUAUGCAGAUGUUUUUCUAAAUGUUCGAUAAUCUAGUAUUUAUACAUCAUUGAAAGAUUAGUAAACAAUGUCGAUAUACAAAAAUGUUAAACAGAAACGAAUAGAAAAUUUUAUCUUGUAUAUUUAUUAAUAAAAUUAAAUAAGGUACGAAUUAUUGGACAAUUUUGUAUACAUACAGUACAUGUUAUUACUGAAUUUAUUAUUGCUCCAAUAAAAUGCAAAAUUUAACAAAA